CAACAACAGGGACAUGGGAGGGCUCCAAAUAUUUGAGCUUUGCUUCAGGCCAAAACACCAAAAGGAGGAGUGAACUUUUGGUGAGGCCUGCAGAAGCAUCCCAGAAGCAAACAAGCUCUGGAUUAUGGUUCCAGAGGUGACACAAAAGCACUAGUGCACAAGAAGACUUUUUGGAGUUUACUCAUUUAUUGUCAUUUAUUGGCUCCCCUGUUGAUGUUAUCAAUCACUCACAAGGAGACUAUAUAUAUAUUGGUAUUGCUGUCUGGUUUCAUUUAACAUUGUUCCUCAGCCGCAUGUUGCUUCUUUCCCCUGCGACCUUACACCACCCUUCUUCUUCUUCUUCCUCCUCCUCCUCCCUGCGCUGCUCUAAUUCCUUCAUGUCGAACAAGAGGCGUCCCGAUGAUGGCAAGCCAAAAUCCGAGAGUGGCAGUCCCGAGGAUAAGCGAAGAAAGGUUCCUGCUUUUACCAAUGUGGUUCGUGAGGUGAUGAAGUUACAUUCAGUUCGGCAUCUGCUGGAACCAAUUUUAGAGCCCUUGAUUCGCCGAGUGGUUAAGGAGGAAGUUGAAAUGGCCUUGAGGAGACAUUUAGCCAACCUGAAACGGACAUGUGGGAAGGAAAUGCAUGCUUUCGAAUCAAGAAACUUGCAGCUGCAAUUUGAAAACAACAUAUGCCUUCCUGUCUUUACUGGAGCUCGAAUUGAAGGAGAGGAUGGAUCCAACUUAAAGGUGUGUUUGGUUGAUUCUGAGAAGGGCGAAGUUGUUAGUUCAGGACCUGAAUCCUCAGCUAAGGUGGAAAUUGUAGUCCUUGAAGGUGAUUUUGAAGAUGAAAGUGACUUGUGGUUGUCAGAAGAUUUCAAAAGCAACAUUGUAAGAGAAAGAGAAGGAAAAAAGGCCCUUCUUAUGGGAGAUGUAGUUUUGCAUCUUAAAGACGGGAUUGGCAUAGUGGGGGAAAUUUCGUUCACAGAUAAUUCAAGUUGGACUAGGAGCCGUAGGUUUAGGCUUGGGGUAAGAGCCGUUGACAACUUUGAUGGAGUCAGAAUAAGAGAAGCAAAGACUGAGUCAUUUAUUGUCAGAGAUCAUCGAGGAGAAUUGUACAAGAAACACCACCCUCCAAAUUUGUUUGAUGAAGUUUGGAGAUUGGAAAAGAUUGGAAAGGACGGAGCUUUUCACAGGCGUUUGUGCAGAGAAAAGAUCAAUACAGUGAAGGAUUUUCUCACACUCCUCAAUCUAGAUCCGACAAAGCUACGCAGUAUACUAGGCACUGGUAUGUCUGCAAAAAUGUGGGAAGUAACAGUGGAGCAUGCUAAAAAAUGUGUUCUUGAUAGCAGGAGAUACUUGUACUUCCCUUCUGAUUCUCAGAAUAAAACUGGUAUUGUCUUCAAUGCUGUGGGACAACUGACAGGGAUUCUCUCUGAAGGGCAGUAUGUCACUAUAGAUAAGCUGUCUGAAGCAGAAAAGGUUGAAUUUCAGUUGUCUGUAAUUUCUGCGUAUAAGCAAGGGGAUAGCGUAGCUGCUUUUGAGGAUGAAGCUUCUCUUAUAGAUAACUCUUCGCACUUGACAAAUGCAAUUUACUCCCCAAGCUCACUUAAGACCGAGGGAUCCAGCGCCAAUAAGGCUUUGGCUCCUCAAAAAAGUGGUGGAUUUGAUUACACACAAGCAAGUACCUCGUCUCCAGAUAUCAUGUCAUCUUUAUAUUCUGUUGGUGGGACCAGUAGUUUUGAUGACUAUGGCUUAGCCAGUUUUGAAAGCCUGGGGCUUAGAUAUGAUCAAGCUCAUGGUUUUCCAGUCCAAGUCACUACCUCUUUAAUGACUGAAACAGACCCUAUGGCACACCCUUUCGGAGAUGAUAUGCAAUUCUUUGAUCCUACUGAUCUUCAGUCUCAUUGUAAUAUUCUGGAUUCACAGGCAGAUUUGCAGAGUGCUGUUGAUGGCUUUAUGCUUGCUCGUUCCACAGCCUUGGCCAUGGGUAAAGCUCAAAGGCGAUGGAGAAAACUGUUCAACGUCCUGAAAUGGUUCAUGGUGAGUAGCAUCAAUUCAAAAAGAAAUCGAGUUGGACAUAAUGAAAGACACAUUAAAGAGUUGUGAGAAUCCAAACAUGUUGUGGCUUAUAUAACAUCUUUAGAUGUAUAUAAAAGCAAGUUUGAUGAGAUGGGAUAUGUUGCUAGCCAGAUGUCAGAGGAGCGAUCUUUUCCUUGUGGUUGUAUCAAGUUAACUUGUAAAUAACUUUAGUAGUACUCUUCAAUAAGGAAUGGGGUUUUCUUGGAUGCUGGCACUUAACGACAAA